AUGAUAUCGAACGCUAUUGCGACACUUUGUUUCCUAUUCCUAUCCAUCGAAGUCCACCUGGUAUCUGCAGCUAGCAUUCAUGGAAACAAGCUUAAACCAAGGGGAACCAUUCUUGGGGAAAACUUAUUCAACCCUACCAUCCCCUGGUUAAGCCCAGCUUGUCGAUUAGGCUUGAUUAGUUAUGAGGGUAAGCAAUGGGGAGCGUAUCCAUUCGGGAAAGACCCUCCCCAACGACCAACUUGGCUCGAAGGGCAAGCUGUUAAAGAUUUUUUUGCAACGGGAAACCGGCCACAUUUUUGGCGCAUCCCCCAAGAUGAUUGGGCGUAUCAGCAGGGGGGGAAACCCUGCUGGAAUAUCGACACAGAUGUGGGCCCGGGUUUUGCGGAUGAUGGCCUGAAGGAGUAUUUCAUUGCUGGGUACUGUUUUUGUCAGUUUUUCUUAAAUCGUGAUUGUAAUGGCUACAUGGUUGUCGGCGACGGGCUACCCCAAACGACAGGUUACAUUGGUCUAGAAGAAAAGACAAAAGGAUUUGGCCGGCUUGAAAGGGUUGGUAAUCCACGAACGUUUUACAAGAGUUUUGCAUGCUAUGCCACCUCCACCCAGUAUGAUUCCCAGUGUAAAAUAUCUAUUUCGAAUUUAGGGGAUCAAGUCAAAGGGCUCAAUCAAGUGGAUGGGUUAACAAAAGCACUUAAGAUUGAAAGAAACUUCAACAUACCCCUACGGACUUUCGACGCGGAGUCGAGGGAAGCGGCGGCUGAGGAAGCGGAGGAAGGCGAUGCAGUGAUAGAGAUGUUUACUGGCAGAGGAUCCUGUCUUCGUGUAUCGGAUGUGCGUCCGUAUACAAGCGAGAGCGGGAUUCAGAUGAGGUGGUGGGAAAUUGAAAACUGUACAUGCAGGUUUUAUAUAACUGAGAAUUGUGAAGGGCGGCCAAUAUUGGUUGAUGGUAGUCUUGGAAAGGUGACAAGGGACGAGUCUCAGUGGGGACCUGUUGGCCUUAAGAAUGCUUAUUCGCGGCCGAAGAUCAAAAGCUUGCGAUGUGACGCCCCAUACGGAAUUCCAUCUACCACUCGGAACAGGUGGUAG